GUGAAAACUUUCUGCACGUUCGCACCUUCACAGCCUUGAGUAAGGUUAAGGUGCCGUCCGCUUCCUCAUUCCUGGCUACCAUCUGCGAUCUAGCCCUUUGUUUUGUCAAUACACGUAAACACUUGUAUAUUUGUGUAGGCCAGACUUUUGCCCGAGAGAAGGGGACUUCAGUAGGACAGCACAUAUGCGUUACGUUCGCAUAACAUUUUGAACGCCACUUGAUAUUUAAUAAGGAAUAGAAAAAAAUAUCAUGUCGCCUGUCCGUUCCUGGAAUCGUUACAUUCACUUCUUGACGGAUAUCUGCGGCCCUCCGGCGAUUUUACAAUUGUCUAGCCUACUUCCACGUUGCUGUUCCCUUCCAUAGGAAAGCGGAGCGGUAUUCUCAAAGAUAACGUGCACAACUCACUCUGUGUCAACUAGGUGUUGCGUUACUUUUGCAUUAAAAGCCUCCAUUAGCACUGCUGACUAGAUAUGCGACUGUUGUCGUGACAUCCACGCAAAAGCACGCAGUGUGCUCACUGCGAGGCCCGAUUUAUCCCGCCAGUUGACAGCCUCCCAUGUCAAGAACCCAAGGUUUCUCGGAUAGCGGCUAGCCCGUCAGCUUGCACACAGUGGGGAAUUUGCCGGUGUCAUCAUUUCUACUUACGUGUACAGUAGUAGUAAUUAACUUCUAGUAGUUCGCGCCUCCUUCCUCUCCGCCGAUUUGUCAGGCUGACCUCCUGACCGCCAAACGCUCCCUGUCGAUUCGCUGCUGGGAUGGCGCGAGGCUCGCGAGCUGCGUGAAACCAAUCCACGCGGCCCAUUUUUUGACUGGCCAGCGGAAACUGAGAUUGAACGAAGGACGCACACACGCGCUGGGGUAAAACCACCUCGACGGCUGUCGCUGACUGCCAGCAAAGCCUCUUGUGCACGUACUUCUUCAUCAGUAAACGUUGUAUAACCUACGCCGUCUUCCCCGCAUGCUGAUUUGGGAAUCCCUGUUGUUGACCGUACCAUCCCGACAGAGGCUCGGCACGUUCACACACGACGGAUGCUGCGCAAAUUUCCACCGCUUUCGUAGUUGACGGACCGCCAGUAUCAUGUCAGUGCUGCCGCAGUGUUUCCAGAGCACAUAAACGGCAAGACCCGCCUACCUCACCCUCCGAGGUAUCUCUUCUUUUGGCGCCUUCCGUCAACUUGCCGCUCUGGGUCCUGAACCCGGAAAUCCAUUUCGGCAACUCUUUGCCAAAUACCGCGGUCUCACUCGUCCCAACUUCAGCACACCUAUUCCACAACACGACGUUGUUCACCGCAUCCGUACCACUGGCCCUCCCGCGAUUUCUCGACCCCGCUGUCUCGUGCCCGCACGACUGUCUGCCGCAAAUGCCGAGUUCGAGCGCGUGCUUCAGAUGAGCAUCAUCCAUCAGUCUGAAAGCCCAUGGGCCUCAGCCCUCCACAUCGUGCCAAAAUUCGCCACCGGUGACUGACGCUCCUGCGUUGGUUACGAGGCCCUGAAUAUUGUUACUGUCCCAGACCGCUACCCUGUCCCAUAUCUUCAGAUUUUGCCGGUGCCCUAUUCGUCAAGUCGGUGUUUUCGAAGAUUGGCCAGGUCCGUGAGUUCCACCUAAUUUCCAUCGCUCCAGAGGACGUUUCGAAGACGGUCGUCACUGCCCCUUUGGCCUCUUUGAGUUCCUGCGCAUGCCGUUUGGACUCCACAACGUUCCACCGACUGUCCAAAGGUUCGUGGACAGAGUGCUUCGCGGCCUGCCAUUUGUUCACUCCUAUAUCGACGACCUGUUGAUAGCUAAGUCUACUGCCGACGGAUUCACGGAGCAACUUGCAACAGUGCUUAACCUAAUCCGACAAUUUGGCGUUGUUCUCAACCCGUCCAAGUCCGUCUAUAGUGUGCUCUCCUUAGGAAUUCUCGGACAUCUGGUUGACUCCAACGGCAUCCAUCCUCUUCCAUCGAAGGUUCUGACUAUGCGUGAUUUCCCCGACUCCCUCUUCCCAAAGUCAGCUGCAGCGAUUUCUGCGCAUUGUGAACUCCUAUCGUCGAUUCCUCCUGCACUGUGCCGACACUAUCCUGCCGCUGGCGAGCCUCCUCUCGGACUACAAACGUUCGUUCGAGCUGUCUGCAAACAAGGUGAAAGCUUUGCCGGCCGAGGACACCCUCCUGACGCAUUUUUCUCCCGAUGCUCCCAUCUCCCUCAUAGUUACCGCCUCCGAUGUCGUACUAGGCGCUGUUCUCCAACAGCUAAUUGCUGGUCACAUCCAACCCUCAGCUUUCUUCACCAGAAAGUUAUCAGCUGCCGAGACGCGCCAUAGCACAUUCGAACGGGAGAUCCUUGCUUUCUUCCUCGCCGUUAAAUACUUCCGGAACUUCCUUGAUGCCAGAGACUUUUCUGUGCUCACGGAUCACAAGCUCCUUUCCUUCGCUCCCAAGUCCACUUCUGACAAGCUCAAUCAUCAGGAAAUUCGCCAACUGGACUACAUCUCGCAGUUUACCUCAAACAUCCGCCACAUCGAAGGGUCAAGCAAUGCGGUGGCUAAUGCACCGUCCAAGCCCUGCAUCGCACAUCUCUAA